AUUCCACUGCUGGCAUCGUUAAUAGAAGCAGCGGCAUAGAGUUUGGUGGCAGGAAGGGAAGGAGGAGAAGGAGAUGGGGGAGAGCGCAAUGACACUUGAUGCUGUCCUCAAGGAGGCCGUCGAUUUGGAAAAUAUACCUAUUGAAGAGGUGUUUGAGCAACUGAGAUGCAGCCAGGAAGGGCUCAGCAGCAACUCGGCAGAGGAGCGGCUUGUCAUUUUCGGCCCGAACAAGCUCGAGGAGAAGGAGGAGAGCAGGAUUCUCAAGUUCCUUGGAUUUAUGUGGAACCCUCUUUCUUGGGUUAUGGAGGCCGCUGCUAUCAUGGCCAUUGCUCUUGCUAAUGGAGGGGUGAGACAAUUGUUUUCUUCAUGGAGCUCAUUUUGUUACUUGCAGAUAUAA